AUGACUUUAAGCAAUGCAAAGUAUUCUCAGAUCAUAUCGUUUCUGCUGUUAAAACUUGACAAAUCUGGCGAGAAGGGGCGAUUGGGAAGUUUAUCUGUGUUAAAACAACUUGUCAACUUUUCAGGGGCUUAUCUUGAAAACAAGAAACCUAUUUUGGUUACCGGUGUUCAGGUUGUCGUCAAUGACACGAGCUUAAAGGUGAAACAAAUGCUUGCUCAACUGAUCGCAGCCAUGGCGCAUCAUGGGUAUCUUAAUCUGGAAGGAGGCCAAAGACUCGUUGAAUUCAUCGUCAAACAAUGCGCCAUCAAUGUUGAGGAGGAGAAACAAAAGAAGUCUUCCGAAAGUGAUUCUGUAUCGAACAAGUCUAUUCAGGCCAUGUGUGAGAGCAUUUUACGGCUCGUAACGACGACCAUUGAACAAAUGGAAAACGUUCUAUGGCCGUACCUGUUGGAGUUUCUUGUUCAUGCCGAAUACACGUGCGCCAUAACUUCCGUCUGUCAAAACUUGUGUAUUUUAGCGGGAAAGAAACGCGAACGUGAUUUAAACGAUUUUCAAUAA